GGGGUUUUAAUUAAAUAGUUACAAAAAUAUGUUAUGACUGUAAAAUAGUUCAAAAUACUAGGCCUAUAAAAUAGCAUCGUUUACUCCGAGAGGCGUCCGUUUAUGAAAAAAAAUUGAAUUCAAAAAGGCAAGAUUUUCAUGUUUACAUCCCAUCUUCUGUGCUAGAAAUAACAAUUGUUAAGAAGUUAAGAGUAAUGGCGGCUCCCUUUAACUUGUCCGUUCCUGUACUGUGCACACAGAAGGCGAGGACUCACUCUAUAUUAGGCCUAUAAACUGAUUUGGGAAGGAGGAUUUUUCCAUUUGUUCAUGUUACCUGAAGUUACAGUUUGCAGUCUCGAGUAAAAUGAGUGAGAAAGGCCAAUUCUCUGGGAAAAAUAUGAAGCAGGACAUUAUGGCGGAAUUAAGCUCAGCAUUGACAGUACGGGCUGAGCAAAUUAGAAGUCGGCUAGCAAGUGAAAGGGAAAUUGUGGAAGAUGAUUCAGAAACAACUGCACCUGAAGUGGAGAGAAAAGAAACUGGAGAUUCCUCAGCUGUGAGAUCAUGCAGUCAUGCAGCAACUCUCAGUCAGAUCCCUGUGUCACAAGCUCGGCUCAGGAGACGGCAAGAACGUGGGCAGAAGAUUGAUCCUGGCCGCAAGGGAACUGUGAGUUCUGCCAAAAGUGCAAAGGUUGGAAGUACUGUUGAUAUAAAGAAUUAUCGGCCUGGAUAUACAUGGAGCAUAGGAGGUCGGCUUAAAGAACUGAGAAUAAGGUGCAUUGCCAGAAAGUUUCUGUACAUUUGGCUGAAAGGAACUUUUGGCCGUGUUCUUCCAUCUGCUGCCAUGCGUCACUACAAGGAAAGCUUGAUGCGGAAAAUGUACAACACUUGGUAUGAUUAUUGGUGGGAGAUUGUCAUGGAAUGGAGACUUAGCGUACGAGCUGAAUGUCACUACAGGUACAAGCUAUGGUACGUAAUGUUUGUCAACUGGAGGAAGUUUGUGGAUUCAAGAAAAUCAGAGAAAAUCAAAGAGGCUACAUCUGAUGAAUUCCAUAAGCGGUGCCAGCUGACACAAGCGUGGCAUGCAUGGAGGGACUAUGUCAGUCAUAGACACAGAAUGCAAGUCCUGAGGAAAAGAGCCAGGCAGUUUAGGGGAAAAGAGAUUACAAGACUUGCAUGGGGCAUCUGGAAAGAGAGGCUUAAUAAGGCAAGACAGUGUCAAGAGGACGUGUCCACAGCUGUGCAGUUUUGGAAUUACCGUAUCCAAGCCCAACACUGGCUCGUAUGGAAAGCUGCCUUUGCUGAACAGCAGCGUCGGCAACAGCAGUAUGUUGAUGCUUGUGUGUACCACAACAGCAUAUUGGUUUCAAGAUGUCUUAAAGCUUGGUUGUUCUAUGUGCGGAAUAGGCGUGCCAAAAAGGCUCAUUCUGAAUUUGCAGUCAGGGUAUACCAUUCCCACUUGAAGCUGGCAAGCUUUAAUCAUUGGCACCAGCGAUGGCAUCUGCUACGUUCUCUUCAACAACACCACAUGAAGAUGGAGGCACUUUCUACCAGCUUCAGGUUGCGUUGGGUUAUUUGGAGGUGGAGACACUUCAUAUCCUUGCGUAAUCUGAAACGAGAGAGAGAAGCCAUGGCAGAUCAGCACUAUUGCAGUCAGCUCGUGAGGUUUGGUAUGGACUCAUUCAGACUGAAUGUUGUACAUUCCAACAUCAAGGAGAUGAGAAUCAAGUUGGCAUUACAUCUGCGAGUGGGGCAGUUGCAGCGCUGGGCAUGGCAAAGAUGGAAGAAAGCUCAAGACAUCAGAGAGGAAGGGAAGAUAUCAGCACAAACAGAGAUAGCUAGAGAACGGUACAGGGUGAACAUAAUGGGGAAGUGUUUCUCUGCUUUGAAAAACUACGCUCACUGGAGACAGCUUCGGAAGCUCCAACACAACCAGGCAGAGGCUCACUACUACCUGAGGACAAUGCCAAGAUGUCUGUUCCACAUGCACAUGUUUGUGGAGCUGGAGCGGAAAUGCCGAGAGAAUGCACAGAAAGCACAAGAGUUCCACAGAUGCAGCAAGCUGGAGUGGGUGUUUUCCACUUGGGUAUCCAGGGCAAAACAGGAACGAGAUGCACGCAUGAUGCACAGAAUGGCUGUGCUGCACAGAGAGUCUGUCCUCCUGCAGUCGUUUUUCUCCAGGUGGCGGCAGCAGCUGACGGAGACACUGCACGAGGCGGACAAGCUGACUCAGGCAGAGUGUCAUUAUGUCUGGUCUGUCGGCUGCCGGGCUUGGACUGCAUGGAGAAUGCUUGUUCAGCAGAGAAAGACCAGUGAGAUGAACCGCUUGCAAGCUGUCAAGCACCACCACCUUGUCAUGGAGAAAGUUUUCUUUCAGAGAUGGAGACAGAAACUUCAGUUGUUGAGGAUAGAAAAACAGCAGACAGAUAAGGCUGUGAGGCACAGGAACCAGAAGACAUAUCGUGCAUGUAUCAAGCAGUGGAAGUCUGAGGUGGCUGCUGGUAGACAGUUCCGGAAAGUUGCUACUGAACGAUUCUCUCACCACCAGCAAAGGCAAUUAAAGUCAGUGUUUUCGGCAUGGAGAGAAACAGCACGUGAGCUUGGAGUUGUGAAAAGGAAGAAGAUUGCUGCCAGUGUGCACCACAAUAGAUGCUUAAUGCUCAGGGUUGUCCAGGCCUGGCAACGAACUGCUGCCCUUCAGGCUUACAGGGGAGAUCAGCAGCAACGACUGCUUCAGGAAAGCAUUGGCCAACUACAACACUUGAAACUGUCUCUGUAUUGGAAACGAUGGCUCAGAGAGAAGGAGAGAGCUUCCAAAGAAGCAAGCAGUAUAAAGAGGGCUGAUGAAUUCUACCAGCAGAAGAUUGCCUGCAAAGUGUGGACUGCCUGGAAUGAUUAUUCGAAAUUGUGCUUGAGGAAGAGGUUAAUUGGCCGCCAGAGCCAAUGGUUCCAUGAUGUCCGAGUGACUGCCAAGAGUUUCUUAGUUUGGCGACAUCGACUACAAGAACAACAGGAAGAGAACAAUGACUCACAGCUGGCGUUGUGGCACUGGAGUUUAGUUCUCCAGCGGAAGGUGUUAGUUGGCUGGUGGUCAUAUGUGGAGCGACGUAGGCACAAGAAGGCUCGACUCACUGAAGCAGCUUCACUGUGGCGCCAGCAGCUCCUUCGUAACGCUUGUGGUCAGUGGCUUGCCACAGCGGACAGCCUGUCCCACAUGCGGUCUGUCAUGGCUGCACGACACCAGGCGAGCUCAGCCUUCGAGAGUUUUCACUUGGUACAAAGAUGUGCUGUCCACUGGAAGCUCUGGGCUCGGAGACGAGCGGCAUCCAGGGGAGACAAGGUGAAGCGAGACAAGACUUUGACCUUGACCUCAACUGUAAGGUUAGAGGCCAUCCCGUCAAUUUUCCCGGUGACUCACCAGACGUACCCCGGCCUGCCCCGCACGCCUGCUCCGAGAGCGGUACAGCCCAAACCUCUGGCUACUGUAUCCCCUGCAAGACCCCACCAACCCGACACAUUUGCCAGUUUGACAGAGAAACCCAAAUCACGACUUCCCCCAAAGAGGCCAUCUUUUCUUGUGGAUUCAUUAAAGCGUGCUGGACUGUUCUCAGAGCUUCAUGAUGGUUUGGAACCUGAGAAGGCUCACUCUGAGAUCAGUGAAAGGUUGAGCACCCCGUCGUUGAGUGAUCUCCGGGUAGAUUCUCAUACUUACCCUGAGUAUCCUUCCUCUGGGAGGUUUGUCCCCCACACGCGGAGCGGCCCAACAACCCAGAGGUCAAGGGCGGAGAAAGGUCACAGUGCACUAGAUCAGGACUGGUCUCUCUCUGCAGAAGUGCUAAGCGGCUCAACAUCCACCCUUGGUACAGCUGAAAAUGGGGUCAAACCGUUGAUCCUUUCUAACUCGGACACGGAGCCCAGCGGGGCUGUGACCGGCUCCAGCACCUCGCACUCUCCUCACAUGUUCACACCUAGCACUCAGCGCUCACAGUUCUCGGGCAACCCUUUGCUCUACUCCUCACCUGUGUCUGAGAAAAACACAGCGAGAGAGACUGGACGUUUUGUUGGAACAUCAGGAAGACCAGAAGGCAACCCGCCUUGGGAUUCUCAUCGUUCAACUGGCUCCAUACAGACAGCAGGAGUUCAUCCUGUGCCAGGCAUGCUCGACUUGAAUACUGGGAGCUCCACACUCUUAAUGGGUAAUCUUGAGGGACUGACCUUGAAAACAUCAGAGGUUGCCCAGCAGGCAGCGUCAGGAACAACGCAGAGGCGAGAUCAGUGGCUGCAUCAACUGUCUGAGCAGAGCAGCAGUCCAAGCCAAACCCAGAGGGAGAAUGUAGUACUGCUUAAACCUGAAGACUUCAUGAAAAAGUCUGGUGGGGAUUCCAUGGGGCAAAAAACAGAUGCUCUGGUGGGGCAGCCAACCGCUGGUACAAUUGAAGGCCGGAGACCGAAUUUGAAGCGUACACCAAGGAACUUUGCUGUUGGAGAAAGUGAUCAAAGCUGGGGUCUUCCUCCCGUUGGUGACUUCAGAGCCAUCUCAGAGCAGCUGGGAGCCCAUCGAGACUCUCUGAAGGAUGGGCAAGGGGCUAUCAGGCACACUCCGCGAGAAAUGUCGAGCCCUCGACGAACAGCCCCACAGGGCAUUCUGCACAAAGUCUCUGACAGUGAUGGAGACGUCUCUCCACUCAAUACGGCUCGUAGCCGCGGCACGGUCACCUUUGCUAGCCCCAAGUCUCCUUCACCUGAGGAAGAAAUCAUCAAUAUUCGGGAUCGGUUGCGGCACUUCAGCCAGCAAAAAGAAAAACUGCGAUCUCUUCGACGCCAGUACAGGCAGCUCUCCGAUUGGUUGGCGGAGCAGUCGGCAGAAGAGAUGGGUGGCGAUGAAGAUAGUCAAAGUGCCUCACAGGAGUUGGACAUGUUACGCUCAGAGGUGGCAGACCUUCAAGGUGUUGUGGACAGCCAGCGACCUAUCUGCGAAAGACUGGUGCUCAGAGCACAGACGCUGGCCCAGGAACUGCACAUGACUCCGGCCUAAUGUCUUUUGCCAACGUCUCCCCGGUUAUUUUGUUGAAUCAGUGGAGUGUUUCUGUUGAUGGCAACAUGUUUUUUUUUGCCACCUACCAUUCUGAGAUAUGAGUUUGCUGAAGAAACGAACUCGAACCCUUCAAAUUGACUCCUUCCAGUUUAAUAUCAUCACAGAUUUAGGCACAGGGGAAUCUGCUUUAACCUAAAUCUGCAGGACUGCCGAAUUUUCUUUGGUUUAGCUUAGUUUAUGGUUUAGAAAGGUUGUUCAAAUUCAAAUAGAAGAAAAAAAUGUAGGAUUUUGUUUUAUUUUGGUUUACCACUGUUUUUAGAUUAACCGCGUUCAGUUUAGGCGGACUCCUUUGCAGUUCCUUUUUUUUUCAGCUGUUUAGUGAUAGCUUUCUUCUUUGGUGUGGGUUUUUUUUUACCUUGUUAUUUUUAGGAUAUCUUCAGUUUCAGUUUUCAGGGAUUUGAGUGUAAUUUUAAGUUUGCAUUCUUUAUCUCUAUGUUCUAUCAUCCGGAAACUCAGAUAACAUGCUCAUCUCUGGGCAUGAUGUUUUCAAGCCCAAGUAUUUGAUCAGAAAAUAGGAUGGUGUCUCAAUUGUUGUUUUGUUGCACACCAGUUUGAUUCUAUGGGUCACUCUGCUUGCGUGGCUGAGUGGCUGGGUAUGUUGCUAGCUGAUAGUUUGUCGAAGUGCCUUAUCCAAAGAUUGUGAACUCGGGAGUUCUCAGCUUUCAAUACAUUCCUCUAUUUGAGAGCAGAUCAGAAUUUAUCUUUUCUUCUGUAAUGAUUUAUAUUAAUUAUAUUUUUUGUUGAAUGGUAGUAACUGUUUAUGGUCAGAAAUUUCAUUUAUUCAGCAGUCCUAACUUUGUAUCUGAAAGGUAUUUGUAUCUUUACAAAUCUAUGUGACAUGAAUGCAAAUGAAUUUUGAAUAAAAAAGCUAGAUGGUAUGCACUCUCAA